UUUGCAGGUUCCCGGAUAGGUGGCAUCCUACUCUGUGCACGCAGAGCGCAUGAUCAGUGGUUUUUGAAAAAGAAUAACCUCUGAGCACGGAAUCGCGCUCCACCAUCGCCAUAGGCGAAGGAGAAGACGGCGACCACUCAGGCCUCUUGCUGCAUUUGUGACGCAAGUUUCUGCAGAGUUCAUCCCUUUCACUUACGAGGCCAUGACUCGGGAGUAUAAAGCCGGGGAGCUGAUUUUCGCCAAGAUGAAGGGUUAUCCUCAUUGGCCUGCUCGGAUCGAUGAUUUUGCUGAUGGGGCAGUGAAAUCUUCAACAAAUAAAUAUCCCAUUUUUUUCUUUGGAACUCACGAGACUGCUUAUUUGGGACCACGGGACAUUUACCCAUAUGAAGAAAACAAGGAGAAGUACGGGAAACCGAACAAAAGAAAGGGUUUCAAUGAAGGACUGUGGGAAGUUGAGAAUAACCCAACCGUCAAGUUUCUGGGACAACAGAGUUCUAAUAAGCGAGUUCGGAAGUUGUCAACUGAUAAAGAGGGUGAAGAGGGAAAAGAAACAAGUGGUUCAAACCUGGGAAAAGAGGAGUGUGAUAUUGGUAGCUUGCCGGAGUUCGACAAACAAAGUGAUGAGGAAACUUCAAAGAAAGCUGCAGUGGUCCACGUUCCAAAGAAGAGGGGAAGGAAGAGAAAGAUUGAACAGGUAGAAGUUGGUUCAGAAUCUGAGCCUGAGAAGCAUAGUGCUAAGAGAAAGAAACAAGCAGUUGAAGUGAAGACUCCGAAGCCCAGAGGAAGACGGCCCAAAGUAGUGGUGAUAACGCCACGUUCAGGCGAUGAAAGUGAAAAUGAUGUUAACAAAGCUGAUGAGAAGAGGGUAGCUGCAGAGGAGAAACGAAAGAAGCAACAAGAGCUUAAAAAAGUGAAGGAAGAGGAAGAGAAAAAAGAGGAGAAAAACAUGGAGAAACCAAAAAAGGAACUGGUUAAAAAGGAAGGGAAGAAGGAUCCUGCAGAACCCAAGAGGAGGAGGAAUAUCAAAGCCAAGUCGACUUCAGAGUCAGAAGAAGAACCACAGAAUGAAGAAGAGAAAAACAAAAAGAUAAAAUGGGAAGUCGGUAAUAGACGAAACGUAAUGAAAAAGCAGAAUGAUAAGGAGCAAGAUGAAAAGCUGCGCAAAGUGGAAGAGAAUAAGAAAGAUGAACAAACCAAAGAGGAGAAAGAAGGCAAGAAAGAAGAAAAGCUUAACUUCAAGAAAAUAGAGAAAAAAAGAGAAAUGUCAAUGGAAUUGAGACUACAAAAAUUGCACAGUGAAAUUAAGUUAUCCCUGAAGAUUGACAAACCUGAUGUUAAGAAAUGUACUGAAGUGCUUGAUGAACUCUCUGCGCUCCAAGUCACUCCACAACAUCUGCAGAAACAUAGUGAACUAAUUGCUACACUGAAAAAGAUGCGGAACUACAAAGCCAGCCAAGACAUAAUGUUCAAGGCAGAUAUGAUUUACAAUAAAUUUAAGUCCAUGUUCUUGGUUGGUGAAGGUGAUUCGGUGAUUGCACAAGUGCUGAAUAAAUCUCUCGCUGACCAGCGGCAGCAUGAAGAAGCUGCUAAGGCGCGAGAACAAGAGAAGAAAGUUGAUCAAUUAGAAACUAACAAGAAGUCUGAAAGCACGGAGGAACAAGCACCGGAUGCGAAAACAAUGAAUGGAGAAGUUGCAUCACAGGAUGCAGAGAAAGGCCACUCCCUGAGAAAAGUGGAUAACAAGGCUGGGGAUGAGAAGAAUAAAACAGACCCUGUGCAGCCCCUUCCAAACAGUGAGCAGCAUCCAUCUGAUGUUUUGCAUUUGGCAAAACAACCAUCAACUGAUACUGAGACUGGUCAAGUGGAGAUGGAACCACCUACUGAAAGCUGAACAGUUUUAAUCAGUCUUUUGUCACCAAAGUUAAAACACAACCCUUCAUUUGAAGUUUGGAGGUGGGUGGGAAUGGAAGCUGUUUUUUGUAUUUUGUAAUUGUUCUAAUAUGUAGGAAACUUGUUAUUUAACACUGGAUAUCCUCUUUAGAAGAAGAAAAAAAAAUCCCAGGAAAAGAGUAUAGCAGCAAAUAAGCACAUAAUAAUAUCACCACAUGAAACUGCCAAAGCCUAGGUGUAAAUUUGUUUCUCUUCUACUUCACCCACAUUCUGAAAUGUUUUGUAUAAUUUGUAAGGUGAUGGAUUUGGAUGUGUAUAGUAAUUCAGUGGUGUUUCAAUGCUGUUUUGUAUUAAGGCCAAAUCUUACCUGCUACCAAAUAUUCAACUAGGUUUUGCUGCUCUAUGUUGAAAUUGCAGUAAUGUCAGAAAUAUUUCUUAAAACAUUUUUAUAUUUUACUUUGCUCUGGAAAAAUAGCUAAAUAUUCAUACUAGCUUAGUAAUUUUUUUUAUAAUGGCCUGUAAUGUUUGUGAAGAUAUUCUUCGGUUUGAAUUGAUUUUGUUUUUAUACUUUGUGAUAUUGAAAGCUUCUACAGGUAAAGCUGCAGAAAUGCUUUUAAUGUGUUGUAUUUGGCUUUGUUCAAAUGGGGAGGGAUUGGGCUUUAGAUUUUGCUGUAAACUUGCAUCAAAAUGUUUGCUUUGUUCAAUGAUCAAUAUUUUUGUUUAAGGAAAAAACUAUAGUUAUUAGGAUAGUGAGUGUGGAUAUAUUCUUAAUGCUGGAAUUGCAGAUAGUAAAGAAACAUUGAUUUUUUUAUUUUGUAAACUUGAUUGAGUAACUGUAGCUAAGUAUUUUGCACUAAAGGUGCACAAGAUUAUUUGGUGUCAAUAAAAUAAUUUGCAGUACAUUCUCAAA